GACAACAACCCCCGCGUUGUUUUGCUCCCCCCCUGCGAUGAACACGCGCAGGUGCAGCCCCCACUGAGCAUGCGCAGACCCGUCGGGAGCCCGGACGCUGCCAGACAUCAUCACAGCGCGGAGGGAGCAGAAGCCAUAAGAUGAAGAAACGUUACGUGGACGCGAGCAGGCUCCGGAAAAUGAAGAAAAUGAAAAUAACGGAGAGGCUGUCUGAGAGUGCUUACACCUUCCUGAAGUUUAUGAUGAUGUGGACGCUGGUGCUGCUGGCAGAUUUCAUGCUUGAAUUCAGACUUGAGUACUUGUGGCCAUGCUGGCUCUUCUUUGGGAGUGUGUACACCACUUUCCACUGCCACGGGCUGGUUAUUUGUGUGGUUUUUGUCUGUGCCGCCUUCACCCUGGACAUCUUUUGUUUAAUUUUUGUGCCUUUGCACUGGCUGUUCUUUGUGGCGAGCACUUAUGUGCUAUUCAAUUACAUAUGGCAUACAGAGAAAGGCAUCUGUAUAUCAACGGUGUCCUUGUGGAUUCUGCUUGUGUACACAGAGGCUUCACUUCGACUCAAAGACCUUAAAACCUCUCACGCCAACUUGUCUCAUUUUUUUGCUGCGCACUGCAUUGGAUACCCUGUAGUGUAUUUGGGGUUUGAUGCCACCUGCUACUUCACCAACAUCUUCAAGCUGCGCAUACAGAAAGCUGUGCAGAGUGAGAAUGACUUCCACAUGCACCUGCUGCAGCAUUCGCUCCCUCCAGGCCUGCAGGUUUACCCCAAGACUGGCACAGAUUGCAGCAGCGGCUCAAAAUGGAAAAUAAAGCCCGAGUCCACUCAGUAUCAGUGUCAGAACGGCACCGCGGUGACCCACGAUGAGGCGCACACGGCGGACUGCCUCCAGAUCCGCAGCGAGGAGAGCGCGGCGGAGAAGGCCGCGCAGGAGACGAGGCCGGCCGAAUCAAACCGGCCGCCGCUGACCUCCAAACCUGGCGAGUCCAGGGAUCCGCUCCCAUGUGGGCCGGGGGGACCCGAGUCCCCUGCGGCCCCCGAAACUCUACCUCAAGACGACCAAGGGAGCAAGGCCGCGCGGACGGCUAAAAGCUCCUCGCCGAAAACCCGCAGAGGCAGCACCAACACCCCUUCGCCGCCCGCGGGGAGGACUGAGAAGAAGCAGAGGUCCGGCUCGAAGACGUUCUGCCUCAGCCAAGAGGCGGCAGAGAGGAGCGCCGCGGCCGCUCCCAAUCACCACGCCGAGCAGAUGACCAGGCAGGAGCAGGAGCUGAGGAGGCUGCGGGGCGAGCUGCAGCUGAGCAGGCAGAGCGAGCAGGAGCUGCGAAGUCACAUCUGCAACCUGACCAACAGCGAGAGGAGCCUGAGGCCGGAGGUGUCCCUGCUCAGGCAGUCCAACAUGCUGCUCCAGAGCAAGAUUCUGUGUCUGAGUAAAACCAAGCAGAGGGACAAACAGAGCAGCGCCAUGCUGGAGAAGAAGACCAGAGCGGAGACGGAGGCCAGGCUCUUUGUGGAGAAGCAGCUGGCCGAGCUUCAGGCUCAGAAACUGGAGGAAGCAGCCAUCACGGCACGAAGUCUCACCAACAGGCAGGAACACUGUGAAACCCAAAUGUUAAGGAAAAGAGUAAAAGAUCUAGAGACAGAGUACAAACAACUUCAGCUGGAGUCUCAAGUGAAAGAGAGUCGCGUGCUAGAUCUAGAGAGUGAUGUUGAGGCCCUGGGAAAGUACCGCUGCGUGGAGAAAGAGACGGACAUGCUGCUGUCCACUCUGUCGGCCAUGCAGGAGAAGGCUCAACACCUGGAGUACAACCUGAGCGCCGAGACCCGAAUCAAACUGGACCUGUUCUCCGCUCUGGGAGACGCGCGCCGCCAGCUGGAAAUUGCUCAAGAUAAAGUGAUGAGGCAGGACCGCGAGAUAAGGCUGAUGAAGCAGAGGAUUGCGGAGGUGAUGGCCGUCAGUCCGGCGGUGUCCUACAUGGCUCCUCGGCCUCCCGUCCCGCAGUAUCUCACCAAGCUACUCAACUCCGAGCGCUACAUGCUGAAUCCACGAGCGCUGAUGUACCAGUGUCUGAAGAAGUAAAGGACGACGUCGCCUUUUUCUGCUCCUCAGAACUUCAGAGGCCCCGGGUGGAUCUGUGUCGCAGAGCCAAAUGCCACCACAGAGUCAUCUACUUCCGGGCCAUGAGUGGAACCAGAACCUCCGCAAGUCGAAUGCCUUUUUUCCCCGCACUGACGGUGCUGACUUUACGUUGGGUUGAAGUGUUUCACUGCAAAAUAAGAAAUCUGAUAUGCAGAGCUGCUCCCUAGGAUACAGCAACAACAAAAAAAAAACACCAAGGUUGGGAUCCAACAGAGAAAAGCACAACAUUUACCUUCAAUUUACUUGCAAUUUUGCAAUUCAGACCCUGAAGAUUUGUCUAAAUAGAUGAUACUCCGAUAUGUAAGUUCAAACAAUACAUGUAUUUGCUUCACAUGACAGUAGAACCACACACAAAAAUUGAAUUUACAAAGUUAAGAUUUUAAUUAUACUGAAUGAUUUUGAUCUGCAGGGAUAUUGAAAAAUAUUUAAAAUGACAUUGUUUAAAUAUUGUUUAUCCCUUUCAAUCAAAUUCUUUU